ACUAUAUCUGGGAUUGGCCAAUUUAGUAUGUGCAGUAUAAAAUGUAUUUUAAGUGUACAACUUUUGAAACAUAUGGCUAUUAAACUUUCACAAUUAGAGAUCGGAAUACCGGAGUUUGUGAAUCAGCUGCAUUUCCAACCGUUUGAGUUGACUUCCUUCCUGCCAUGAGGAUGGGAAAUCCCACAAAACGUGCACAAAAUAUCUGUCCAGUUCUAUCACUUGAGGAAUGCAAUAAACAUGCCGGACCAAACACUUAAAACAAAAUCAGGAAUAUAAUGUUUUGUUUUACUUUAGCAAGUCACUUUAAGAAACCCACUGUGACUGUGAAUAUGAGAUAUUACAACUGUGUUUAAUGCAGAUGUUAUAAUUGAAAUGGACCAUGUACGUGUCCUAUCCGGGAAGUUGAAAUGGUAUGUAGACAAAAAUGCUGGAGAAACUCAGCGGGCGAGGCAGCAUCUAUGGAGCGAAAGCAAUCGGCAACGUUUCGGGCGAAACCCUUCUUCAGACAGUUGAAAUUGUAUUUCGGAAUCCAAAAGCUAAACAUAUUUCUUCCGUGUUCUCAAAAUCAUAUCGACUGGAAGUAUUUCUUGUGACAGUAGCCUGGUGAAAGUAUUAAGUAAUUGCACGGAGCUUGAUCCUACUCAUUAACCACGUCAAUGGGUGUAAAUCUAGGUGAUUACCAUCACUUGCACAACGUAUAUAUUGAGCGUACAACCCGCGUUCAUUCACUGAAAUUAAUGUCUUUGCACAACGAUGGUCUGAAAACGCACCGCUAACCCGUGACAAGGAAAAAUAACACGAUCAAAUCGAGGGUCCGUACAAUGAUGUUAGUUUGAGAAUAUCGUUGAGUUGGAAGACACGAUUCCUUGGCGAUGUUUAAUAGCUGGACUGUGCCUACAGCACUCUGUUGAGCCCGGGAAGACUUUCUGACGUCUUUUGCGCAUUUCCUGCAUCAAGGCUAACAGAGGAGGAGGGAAAGCGAGAGAGAGAGGGAGUAGGAAAUCACCGCAGCCACCAACAACAGUCUCAGCAGCUUGGCCCCGCGAGUUGCCAACAGCAGCCAGCAACCAAAAACAACAAAAAAGAAAGCAGGUAGUGGUGAUAAUCAUAUUGCUCUAUGCCCCCUCCUCAUCACUCGGUGUAAUUGUAGUUGUAUAACAAAAACCCUCCAGUUUGUUUCGAUACAAACCCCCCAAAAAAGUCGAUUUCCUGCAUGUAACCCGCUUGUGCAGAGUACAGCCAGCCAGCCGUGUGUGGAUCAGAUCUCGGCGAGCCGAAAGGGGGAAGAGACGGUAUGCGGACCGCUAGAUGAGCAGCACAAGAACAUUGAUUCAUUCCCUUUUAACCUGGACAAUUUGUCGGCGGUUACAAAAAAGUUUGAGACAAUUCUCUCUCCUUUGCCCACUCGCACCCCCCACCUCCUUCCUCCAACCUUCCCUCGCCCUCCCUGAAUCCCAUCCAAGGAUUUGUGUGAGGAGUUUGAAGGGGCCGGAGUUUUUUUUGUUGUUGUUUUUUGCCCUGCCGGGGUCAAGUUGUGCCGCAGCUCCGGCCUCAGAUAAACUAGCCGCCGGAGGGUCGACAGUCUCCCUUCCAUACCAAGGAUAGUUUAUUUUUCUCUUUCUCCCUUUCUCCGCCUUCCCGAGGAAAAGUAGCGGCGGAUCGAGAGCGGGAGGGCAGGCAGGGAGGGAGGGAGGGAGGGAGGCGGCGGCGGAUUCGGACGGCAGGCAGCGCCUGGCGGGCGAGCUCGUCUCCCCGUCCCCUCCCCUCCCCGUCCCCUCCCCCUCUCCGCACAGCGGAGCGAUGGUCGUCUUCAACGGGCUGCUGAAGAUCAGGAUCAGCGAGGCUGUCGACUUGAAGCCCACCCCGUGGUCGCUGAGACACGCAGUGGGUUCCAGGCCCCAGACUUUCCUGCUCGACCCUUACAUCGCGGUCAACGUUGACGACUCUCGGAUCGGCCAGACGGCCACCAAGCAAAAGACCAACAGCCCCGCCUGGAACGAUGAUUUCGUUACCGACGUGUGCAACGGCAGGAAAAUCGAGCUGGCCGUCUUCCACGAUGCGCCCAUCGGUUACGACGAUUUUGUGGCUAACUGUACCAUUCAGUUCGAGGAUCUAUUGCAGAAUGGCAGCAGGCACUUCGAAGACUGGAUAGACCUGGAACCAGAAGGCAGAUUGUACGUUGUCAUAGAUCUCUCAGGAUCAUCGAGUGAAGCACCAAAGGACAAUGCCGAACGUGUGUUUAGAGAACGAAUGCGGCCCAGGAAGAGACAAGGAGCUGUACGGCGGAGGGUCCAUCAGGUCAAUGGACACAAGUUUAUGGCCACCUAUCUUAGACAGCCAACAUAUUGUUCGCAUUGCCGUGACUUUAUUUGGGGAGUGAUAGGUAAACAAGGAUACCAGUGCCAGGUUUGUACUUGUGUGGUGCAUAAACGAUGUCACGAACUUAUCAUAACCAAGUGUGCUGGCUUGAAGAAACAAGAAGCACAGGAUGAGGUGGGCUCUCAACGCUUCAGUGUCAACAUGCCUCACAAGUUUAGCAUUCACAACUUCAAAGUACCCACGUUCUGUGAUCACUGUGGCUCUCUACUCUGGGGUUUAUUGAAACAAGGAUUACAAUGUAAAGUAUGCAAGAUGAAUGUCCACAGACGCUGUGAGUCCAACGUGGCACCAAACUGUGGAGUCGAUGCUCGUGGCAUAGCAAAGGUGCUUGCAGAUCUCGGCGUCACUCCAGAUAAGAUCACAAACAGUGGGCAAAGGAAAAAGAAGUUAAGCACAGGUCCUGAUCCACAACAAUCAGUUCCAGGUUUGGCACCAUCUGAUGAAGAUAGAUCAAAAUCAGCACCAACAUCGCCGUCUGAUCAGGAACUAAAAGAACUUGAAAACAACAUUAGAAAAGCUCUUUCAUUUGAGAAUAGAGGAGAUGAACACAAAGGAGCGGAAGCAGAUCAACAAGUACUAACGCCUGAUGAAAACGGGGAAAAUGGAGAAUUGAAACAGUUCCAGGCCAGGCAGUACAACUUAGAAGAUUUUUCCUUCAUUAAAGUAUUAGGAAAAGGCAGUUUUGGCAAGGUCAUGCUGGCUGAACUGAAAGGUACAGAUGAGGUCUAUGCUGUGAAGGUGCUAAAGAAAGACGUUAUUCUCCAAGAUGAUGAUGUGGACUGCACAAUGACCGAGAAAAGAAUUCUGGCUUUAGCAAGAAGACAUCAUUACUUGACCCAACUCUUCUGUUGCUUCCAGACAAAGGACCGCCUAUUUUUCGUUAUGGAAUACGUAAAUGGAGGCGAUUUAAUGUUUCAAAUCCAACGUUCCCGCAAGUUUGAUGAAGCUCGAUCAAGGUUUUAUGCAGCAGAAGUCACCUCGGCACUGAUGUUCCUUCACCAAAAUGGCGUCAUCUACAGGGAUCUGAAACUGGACAAUAUUUUACUGGAUGCUGAGGGUCAUUGCAAGUUGGCUGAUUUUGGCAUGUGCAAAGAAGGCAUUCUGAAUGGCAUCACAACUACAACUUUCUGUGGCACACCUGAUUAUAUCGCCCCAGAGAUCCUACAGGAGUUAGAGUAUGGCCCAUCGGUGGAUUGGUGGGCUUUGGGAGUCCUAAUGUAUGAGAUGAUGGCUGGACAGCCACCUUUCGAGGCCGACAAUGAAGACGACCUUUUUGAAUCCAUCUUGCAUGACGACGUGCUCUACCCAGUCUGGCUCAGUAAGGAAGCAGUCAGCAUUCUGAAAGCGUUCAUGACGAAAAGCCCAAAUAAACGUCUGGGCUGUGUUACAUCACAAGGUGGGGAAGAGGCAAUUAAACAACACCUAUUUUUCAAGGAAAUUGACUGGGUGCUGUUGGAACAGAAGAAAAUCAAACCCCCUUUUAAACCAAGGAUAAAAACCAAAAGGGAUGUGAACAACUUUGACCAAGACUUCACAUGUGAGGAACCUGUAUUGACGUUGGUGGAUGAUGCUAUUGUUAAGCAAAUAAACCAAGAUGAAUUUAAAGGAUUCUCUUAUUUCGGUGAAGAGUCGAUAGCCUAAGACUUCCUGGUACUGCCAUGACAUCCAAUGGUCUGACAAAUGUAGCAAGUUUUUCGGAUCAAGCUACUUAGUACUGUGUAGUAUCUGUAUUUCCCUGCAGGAAUAUGUGUUUAUAUUUUUAUUUUGUUCCCAUUAAAUUAAUGCACUCCAAGAUUUUAAUUCCUUAAUUUCUAUUUACAGAUAAUUAUUAUUUUGCCCAUACGUUCAGCUCUUCAUUGCAACCGGGCUAUAAGAAGAAACUAGUGUGUGUAAUGCAAACAGUAUUAAAAGUUCUGUACUACUUGUAGUGCUACUGCAGGUUCAUUCAUAUACAGCAGGAAUUUCAGUACAAGGAAGUGGAACAGCUGUGUAUCAACAACAGCACGUGAAGCAAAAUUACGUACCAGAGCUUGAAUUGGAAGUAGAAGCUAAAGGAAAAUCAACCAUUGGCCAGCUUGUCUUGCCGAUCAGUUGAUUAUUCCACCAGUGUGGAGAUUGCUCAGGCAAAGAGAAAAGGUUACAGAGUGGUUUAUUUUAUUACAUUUAUCUUUUUUUGUGGAGAUCUUACACUGUUUUAAAUUGUCACUUAUUUGUGCAAUUUUUAGUGAAUUAGUGUGUUUGAAAUCGCAACAUCAUACAUCUGGAUGCUGCCUAGCCUAGAUGAAUACUCAACCAAGUAGAUUGCGAGUCAGUCAUGAUUGUGUGCUCACCUAGUUGACUACUUAAUUCUUUGGUGACUGCCCUACAGCAUACAGUGUAACAUUUUGCUGUAACUUAGAUCUUGAAAAAUCACAUUGCACUGAAUUGUAGGCUUUAUUUAAAACCAAUGUGCGUCACCAAAACCAGAGUUACCUUGAGUUAUUUGUUAUCGUAGUGUGUUAAUUUGGCACAUUGCACAAAUUCUUGUUUGUACUACUGCCCCUCAUCUGUACUAUAUAUUUUUAAAAUGUGUAUCUUAUUUUUGACUAAGCUAUGAGGGUAUGAAAUAUUGACCAUCAUCCCCAGGCACCAUCGACAACUGAUGAUCAAAUGGCAUAAAAACUGACAAAAUAUAUGAUGAUUUGACUCUUUUUGAGUAAUCCUCUGAAAAUUGUGAUUGUGGUUGAGGAUAUAUAUGAUGGUGUACGCGAAUGCUAACAAGCAGGUCCUUCCUGGUUGUAUAUUAGUUUAAUAUUUCAUGUGUAUAUGAAUGUGACUGAAUGUGUGUAUGCAUGCAUGAGUGUGUGCCCCUAGUGUCACAUAAUUUUACUGGAUUGGUAUCCCAAUCACUGGGACCCACAUUAGCUGAUGCAUCUGGAUUCCCAGAUGUGCUGAAGUACUUGUGAGUCGCAAGGUAGCGCUAAAAGGGGCUCUUUGCUAUUUGUACAGGCAAAAAGUUGUAAAUACUGUUGCAUGUUCAGGCAUAUUAUAUAUAUUAUAUAUAUAGUAUAUAUAUAUUAGUCAUUGAAAUAAAGUAAUUAAUGAUAAUGUCCAUGUGCAAUACUCUGUGUAUUUGUUCAAAUUGCUGUCUAAUUUGAUUAUUUUUUUUGUCCAAUGUCAUAUCCUUGUAUUAAGCUAUACUGGAGUUCUUGAAGUAGAGUGCUUCAAACUGCAUUAAAGGUAUUAUUAAACAGUAAGAUGGAUAUUAUUGCAAACAUUUGCAGUGUUGUUACAAUUGGUCUCUUAAGGCAAGUUUGCUCAGAAUGAAGAUUCGAGUUGAAGGGGCAUUUCUAAUUAUUUAUGGGGCAAGAGACCAUUUCUGUAUGCAGAACUUAAAGGUUGGAACAUUUUUUUUGUAUCCUGUACAUUCCUCAAGCUUCAAUCUACUGUUUUAAGCAUGAGAUUAAUGGUGAUAUUGAUUUAAAGCAGGCCUUGGAUUUAAGCACACUUGUAUUUAGUUUGUACAGUUAAAGGGCAGGUAAGACAGGUAAUCAAGUUGGUUCAAUUAAUGCCAAAGGGCGCUCAAACUUGUUUGGCCAAAGGGCUCUUUCCAUGCCGUAUGACUCUAUGAUUGUGAAACUUUGCAUGGACAGAUAAUCAUUCUCUCAUUAUCAGCUUUUCCUUUACCAUUCAUUAUUGGUUCACAUGCAAAGAAAAUAAAUCUUUAUUCCCUCCUUGCUUAAUUCUAAAACGGUAUUUCUCUUAAAUCUGAAAGCAAGUUCCAAAACUUCCCGAUCUGUAAUUUGAUCAUUUUUGUCCAUCUGCCUACUUCAAUGCAAAAAUAAAGCAACAGUGUUUCUGUCAUAAAUGUUCCUUUCUCAUUCAUCUUCUAUUACAUAGAAGAAACGAAUCGCAUGUCUGCUUUAUGGAGAGUGAUAAAAGUUUUGUCUCCAAAACAAGGCUAAAAAAAUUACCUCUUUUUAAAUUAAGUAAUGUACAGAAUGAGUCUGGCUGAAUCAAAAUGUUUUAAGUUUAGUUGCUAUUUUUUUGUGAUGCUUUGUUUGUACAAAAGUUGUUUUCUUCAUGGAUGUAUUUUAACUCUCCUGCCAUAUGUAGUGUUAUUUCAUUGUAAACCUUGUUAAUGUGUGCCAAAUGUACUAUGUGCAGCAGAAUGUGAAUGUGUAAUAUUUGUUUUAAGACCCAAUAAAAAAGUACAAUGUCAAUGCAAGAUCCAUUAAAUGUCUUUUACUUCUGAAUUACAGAAUUGUAUAUUGAGGUAGAUGAGAACAAGAGUGGAAUUUCAGUCACAAAACCCAUCAAUGUUGAGUUAUGUUCGGUUGAGUUUUCACUCCAUUGAAUGUAUAUUUUUGGCCUGACAGAUGUUGCCCAGAAGUUAACUACCUUUCAAUUGUGUGCAGAGAACACCAGGACAAGCCAAAGGACAGAAUUGGGUUGAUGUCUAAUUCUGGGGAGAGUACAUGGAAAUGGUUUAUUUAUGAGGGAGAGAGAAAAUGUUCCUGUGCCAUUUUCUCCCUGAAACUGUUCAUUUCAACUUUGUGCUUCUCAGUUGCCAGAAGAUGACUGAAUCAUGUGCUCUGGUUAUGAGUAGCAUUCUGAAAUUGGCAAACUUCCUCCAGGAUCUCACCCCUAGAAAAUCCAGAUGCUGCCCGGGUUAGGAUUGUUUCUCAGUUUUCUCCUGUGACUUUCCAGAUUCGCCAACUUGUAAACUGAUGUGCUGCAAGUUCAUUGCUGCUUGAGAUUAGGGUGGUAUGUUCACCUUUAUUGAAGUGGAUCUGAAAUUAGAUAUAGCGAAAACAUAUUAUUGGACAGAGUGGUAGUGUGCUCACACCUAGAGUACAGUGCACAACUUGUUCCCCAAGAAUAUAGUCAUGUUAGAAGAAAUCCAAAAGAGAUUUGCCAGGCACAUUCCUGGCAAAUAAGAAUAUUGUCCUAACAUGGGCAACUAAAGAAGUUGGAUCUGUAUUUCUUUUUGAGUUUUGGAGAAUGAGUAGUGAUCUUUUGAAACAUUAAGAUCAGAGGAGGCCAUGACUGGGUAGUUGUCGAGAUGUUUCUACUAGUGGGAGGUUUUCAAGCAAGGAGACAUAGUUACAAGAUAAGGGGACAAUCAUUUAAAACUGAAUAGGAUAAGAAUUUCUUCUUGCAGUGGAAUUCCCCACACUGAAGAAUGGUGGAGGCUGGAUCAUUGAAGGUAUUUAUAGAGAAGGAGAGUUGAGGACUAUGGCACACAAGAAGUAAUGAGGUUUGUUGGGUGAUUGAAUUCUGCUCCUAUUUUUUCGUGUAUGAAUAAUUUUCUACCAUGCAAAUCUGUUGUCAGUGAUAACUAUAAGAGGUCUGUGCUUUCUUCUC